UAAACAUUGCCUUUGUGUAGAAAAUGUGGAGAACCGGACAAGUCAUCAAAAGUUAUCUUUGCAAAAAUUAAGGAUUAAAGUUAUUCUCGGAACGCGUCUGCCUCAACAUGGAAGUGCCACUGGAAAGCAUGGAGCAUACGUUGCCAGACGUAAAAUAUGAAUAUCUAGACCACACGGCAGAUGUGCAGCUACACGCAUGGGGAGAAUCGUUACAGGAAGCGUUCGAACAGUGCGGGAUGGCAAUGUUCGGCUACAUGACCGAGCUGCCCACGGUAGAAAUUAAGAAGUGCUAUCAAAUCACAACCGAGCCAACGGACGAUAUGGAAAAUAUGCUGUUCCGCUUUUUGGACGAACUGUUGUUUCUAUUUUCCGCCGAACCGUUCCUCAUCUGUAAAAAGCUCGUGAUAACUAAGUUCGAUCUGGAACAGUUUACCAUCGAGUGCAAUUGCUACGGGGAAGAGUUUGAUUUGCAAAAACAUCCGCAGGGCACGGAGGUGAAAGCGAUCACGUACUCGGCAAUGCAAAUUUACAAAAAACCGGAGCACGAAAAGAACGAAGUUUUUGUUAUAAUUGAUAUAUAAAGAGCAUAUUUUUGGAGGACAUUUUUCAAUCAUUUUACGCAGUUAUUAUUUAUUGUUUGUUUCAGUAGGGUGUUUUCGGUAAA